GAGGUCGGUCCGUGGCUUCCAGGUGAGCGCUCCGGAUCCGUGCGGCCCUGCUCCUGGCAAACCUCGGGGACAAGGGUCCUUCCGAAAUUUAGCAGCUGGAGGCUUGGACUGGGGGUAAUUUUCCUUCUGAGACCCACGAGCUGUCUGUCCAUAACCCUUCUGAUUCCAAAUCUCCCAUUUCUUCCUGGCCCAGCCUGAUGCGUGUCCCCCAAUCCGGACAAACCUGGCUGAGAAAUAGACACCCCCCCCCCUUCCUUAAAAUUAGCCUCGCCGCGGUCUCUCUUCUCUUCCCCCAAGACCGGGUGCAGAGAGACCAGCGGAGUUUCUCAACUUGAGUUUCUCUAAUAAAUCUGCGCUCCGUUGGGUGUUUAUAAAUUAUCUCCUCGCUCUUUCUUGUUUUUUCUUAUAAUAGAAACAUUUUCCUUCCAUCAGGAAUUUCUGGCACGGUGUAGGGAUGAUUUAGAACAAGUCAUUGAAUUUCUACCUCACCGCUCUCUCUCGCGCUCGCUCUCUCUCGCUCGCACCCUCGCUCUGCGUUCUGUCCGGGAGGAGUACGGAGAAGCCAAUAGGAUGCGGGGUCUCUAAUGGAUGCAAAUGAUCAUGAAAAGACAGUGCAAAAUAUGAAACAACUCAUUUGCAGGGAAGUAAAUCACCGAAAACUGUUUAUGAACUGGCAUCCCUUCUUCGAAAUGUAAAGCGAGGACCUCUUUAAGUGGCGCCCCCAACUACAGCCGCCGCCGCCGCCGCCGCCUCAAAAUUCAAUAAAAUGAGCUCUUAUUUCGUCAACUCACUGUUCUCCAAAUACAAAACCGGGGAGUCCCUGCGCCCCAAUUAUUAUGACUGCGGCUUCGCCCAGGACCUGGGCGGCCGACCCACCGUGGUGUACGGUCCCAGCAGCGGGGGCAGCUUCCAGCACCCGUCGCAAAUCCAGGAGUUCUACCACGGGCCGUCGUCGCUGUCCACCGCUCCCUACCAGCAGAACCCGUGCGCCGUGGCGUGCCACGGGGACCCGGGCAACUUCUACGGCUACGACCCGCUGCAGCGACAGAGCCUGUUCGGUGCGCAGGAUCCAGACCUGGUGCAGUACGCCGACUGCAAGCUCGCCGCCGCCAGCGGCCUGGGCGAGGAGGCCGAGGGUUCAGAGCAGAGCCCGUCGCCCACACAGCUCUUCCCCUGGAUGCGCCCGCAAGCAGCCGCCGGACGCAGGCGAGGCCGACAGACCUACAGCCGCUACCAGACCCUGGAGCUGGAGAAGGAGUUCCUAUUUAAUCCCUAUCUGACUCGCAAGCGGCGGAUCGAGGUAUCGCAUGCGCUGGGACUGACAGAGAGACAGGUCAAAAUCUGGUUCCAGAACCGGAGGAUGAAGUGGAAAAAAGAGAACAACAAAGACAAGUUCCCCAGCAGCAAAUGCGAGCAGGAGGAGCUGGAGAAACAGAAGCUGGAGCGGGCCCCGGAGGCGGCGGACGAGGGCGACGCGCAGAAGGGCGACAAGAAGUAGGCUCCAGCUGGGACUGCCAGGGCCGCGGCUGCCCUCCGUCCGCGGGUCCCCCGACCACGCCGCCGUCGCCCGCCCCCGCCCGAGAGAGCUCUGGCCCCGCGAGCGGGGCCGGGAGCCUGGCCUCCCGCCGCAGCGUCCCCCGCCGCGCCAGUCCCCGCUAGUGGUAGUAUCUCGUAAUAGCUUCUGUGUGUGAGCUACCGUGGAUCUCCUUCCCUUCUCUUGGGGGCCGGGGGAGGGGAAAGAAAAGGAUUUUAAGCAAGGACUCCCUCGCCCUGCGAGGGUGAGCGGCUGCGGCCUGGCUGAGCCCCCCACGCCCCCGCCCCGUGUAAAAAGCCUCCUUGUGCAAUGGUCUUUUUUCCUUUGAACGUGCUUCUUUGUAAUGACCGAGGUACCGAUUUCUGCUAAGUUCUCCCAACAACAUGAAACUGCCUAUUCACGCCGUAAUUCUUUCUGUCUCCCUCCCCUUCUCUCUUCUCUUCUCUCUCUCUCUCUCUCUCUCUCUCUCUCUCUCUCUCGUCCUCAUUUCCCCCUCCCAACCCCUCUCUCCCCGCUGCCCUCCCUAGCUCGCUGGCUUUCUCUCUUGCUUCUCUCUUUUCCUCCCAACACCCCCGCCCCCUUUGGUUUGGCAAUUUCGUCUUAAGUGUUUCUCAAAAGAGGUUACUUUAGUUAGCAUGCGCGCUGUGGGCAAUUGUUAAAAGUGUUCUUAGGUUUACUGUGAAGAGAAUGUAUCCUGUAUCCGUGAAUUGCUUUAUUGGGGGGUGGGAGGGCUAAUUAUAUAUUUUGUUGUUCCUCUAUACUUUGUUCUGUUGUCUGCGCCUGAAAAGGGCGGAAGAGUUACAAUAAAGUUUACAAGCGAGAACCCGA